AUGACAUUUGACCCCACUUGGCUUGCCAUCACCCGUGUCUUCCACCCUUAUCUCUCACCACAACUGCUAGCUCAAGUAGCCGUAGAAGAGGACAGGAUACGACAAGAAGGGCUUCUCGUCCCGUCACUGCUGGAAGGCAGUGUCACUGAGGACGGACUAGUUGAAGUUCGCCACGUCCAGCAGUUCGCCACCACUGCACCAGCAUAUCACCAGCCUGGUGGAGAUCCCAAGCUUUGGCAUACAAACCCCCAGACUGAGCAGUUCUGUGCGAUGCUUGGAAUUGAGAACAAGGUCAAUCCUGGAGGCCGUGACACCUCUGCGUAA